AUGGCUUCGCAUAAAUACGAAGCUGCGCCUCGCCAUAGCGGUGACCUUAACCAUUUGGAGAUGCAAGAAAGAGAUGACGGCGACGGCUUCGAAGAAGAAACACAGCAGCGACUUCUGGCAGGCGAGGACGUCGAGGCUGCAGAAGAACUUGACUACAAGGUGGAAUGGCAUCUGCGAACAAUAUGGGCCGUGCUUGGCUCGGUUUUAGCUGCAGGGCUUGUCUUCACUGCGAUGGUGCUUUUCACGAAGCACUUCAUCGUCUCUGACAAGCCGAGUGAUGAAGAUAUGGAAAUGUCUGGCAUUGGAAGCUUCCGCCGACCAGCGAGUGACUACAUCCUCGAUCCCUCCUGGGACUUUGACGCAGAGCGGAAGGUCAGAGCAUACAAGUGGACGAUCACAGAUAUCGUGGGGAAUCCAGAUGGAGUCUUUAGGCCUAUGCUUACGAUCAACGGCCUAUUUCCAGGGCCUAUGAUCGAAUGCAACGAGGGAGAUACUCUAGUAAUUGACGUGGAUAACCAGAGCGUCAACGCAACAUCCAUACAUUUCCACGGCAUCUAUCAAAAUGGAACAAACUGGAUGGAUGGCACAGCAGGCAUUACCCAAUGCCCUAUUGCCCCCCAACGCAAAUUUCGGUACGAAUUCACUGUUACUGCGCAGUCCGGAUCAUACUACUAUCACGGGCAUCAGGCUGUCCAAGCAUCCGAUGGGCUGUAUGGACCUCUUGUAAUUCAUGGGAAGGACGAGAAGAACCUGCAGAAAAUCCCAUACAAGACAGACCGAGUCAUUAUGCUCCAGGACUAUUAUCACGACCUCAGUAGUGGACUGCUUGUCAGCGCACUGGAGCCAGGCAGCGAGGCUUCUCCAAUCCCAAAUGGAGCCCUUAUCAACGGCUUGAACCAACGAGACUGUUCUGAGCUACCGCAUCGAAUGUGCGACAACUCGUCCUGCAGUCGCCCGUUCUUUGGUUUGACUGCCAACGCAAACCAUCGCCUUCGCUUUAUUAAUGUUGGUGCAUUUGCCUGGUUUCAAGUGAGCGUUGACGAGCAUGGAUUUGCUGUCACCGAGGCAGACGGGACGGAUCUUAUCCCGGCUUAUGAGACGAGAUUGAUCAUUAGUCCAGCCCAGAGAUAUAGCAUAAUUUUGAAUACGAACCAGUCUUCCGCGGAGUCGUUUUGGCUUCGUGCAAAGAUGGUCACUCACUGCUGGAAAAAUCCAGAGCUUCCAGGCCCGGGUGCGGACGAAGUUCAAGCUGUCAUCCAAUACACGAAGCCGGGUGGAAGAAAGUUAACCAAGUCCGUAAUGCCCCUACCAAGUUCCGAGAACUGGAAGCAAGGAAUGGAAGUGCAAUGCCGCGAUAUGAACACAACUUCGUAUGUUCCCGCCAGCGUCGAGCCUGCUCCUGUGGCCGCGGAUUUCAGCUAUUACCUUCGUUCCAAUCUUGAAAUAGGCGACUGGCGCCUGGAACGAGGAUUUUUCAAUACCUCGACACUGCGACCAAAUCUACAACAACCGACCCUGCAUCGCUCAGUUGAAGGUUUGACCAGCCGAAAUGAUACAUUUACCACCAGCAGCAACAUAAAUGGUGUCAAUUCUGUGGCAUAUGACCUGAAGAAUGAUUUCGUGAUCCAACAUACGGGAAUCAAAACCGUGGAUCUCAUUAUUCAGAACUUUGAUGAAGGAAACCACCCUAUGCACUUACAUGGCCACAAAUUCUACGUGCUUGGUCAAGGGCACGGCAUGUUUCCUGGUUAUGAAUUUUUGGGACUGCAACCAGAAGGCAAGGGCAUUCUGGUUGGCCAUGAAGGCGCUUUGGAUAACUUGAUCCGGAGAGAUGUAGCAACUGCUGAAGGGUUUGGCUGGCUCGCUUUAAGAUUCGUAGCAGACAACCCGGGAGUCUGGGCUUUCCAUUGCCACAUGGCGUGGCACUCGGAAGCUGGUCUGGCUAUGCAAUUCCUCAGUCGGGUUAACGAAGUUGCUCAAUGGGAAAUUCCAGAAGCAAACCGCGAUCUUUGCACGGCGACUGUGGAGGAAUUGGAGAGAGGAGCUGCCCCAAAAGAUAGUAUUUGGUACGGAUUUGGUAUUGGCGGAUGA